AUGAGAGGGACUUUAGAAGAGCGGGACUCGCACAGGGAGCCGGAUGAGGCCGAGGAUUUCCUCUAUGGGUUCGGGGGCGACUGUGACUGGGGACUAACGAGAGUCAUUCGUUUGAUAGAGCCUGGUGGACGGACGGACUGCAGGUCGGGCCUUGCAGGUCACCCUCCGCCGGUGGUCCGGUGGAUGGACGGCGACAGGAUUCUGGAGACGUCCUCGGCGCAGCACUACAGCGCCCAGUCGCCCUCGGAGCGAGGCGAGGCCGUGCGGGUGGUCGACGUGACGCUGCACCUCCCGGGCCUCCAGCGCAAGGACAACGGCCGCGACAUCAAGUGCGUCGCGUCCAACACCAACCUGACGCAGGAGAAGGUCCGCGUCGUCACCAUCGACAUGUACUUGCCGCCCCUGGAGGUGACGGUGGACGGACUGGACGCCCCGCUCCGCGCCGGCAUCGAGGCCAUCCUCAUGUGCCGCUCCGUCGGCUCCCUCCCCACCGCCACCCUCUCCUGGCGGCUGCACGGCUCCUCCAGCCUCAUGCCUCUGCCUGCUCAGUCUUCGCUGGACCAGAACACCACCAUCGGCCGAGGUCGCCUCCUCCCGACGCCGAGAGACAACGGCCGCGCCCUCACCUGCACGGCCUCCAACCCCAAAGUGAAAGAAUACUCCCUGAACAGCACUCACACGCUACAGGUGCUCUUUGACUCAUUUAUACUAGGGACAGGGAAAGCGGGGGAAAUUUCGGGGGUAAAGGAGACCCGGCAAACUUCUGAAAGCCGGCCCUCCCAGCAAGAGACGAGAGCAAACUUUUUUGCUCUUUUGGAUAAUUCCCGAAAAAGUUCACCGAUCCCUGAUUAUCAUGCAGAACGGAUGGCAUGCAAAGAAGAAAUUGCAGAUUUGAUGGAUCAGGGCAAUAUCGAAGGCAUUCUUGCUCCCGAAGUGUCCGUCAGACUAGCGCCGGCGUUAGACCCUGACAACAUCUGGGAAAAGGCUGAUGUUUAUUUUGAGUGUGUUAUUCAAGCAAACCCCAAGGAGACGAGAGUCAUAUGGCUACAUGAGGGCCGAGAGUUGCGAGGCGACAGCGAUGACGCCAUGAUGGCCGACCACGUGCUCGUCCAGGGGCAGAACCUGGUGUUGCAGAGGGUGACACGGCACGCUCAGGGAAGGUACCAGUGUCGCGUCACCAACACCAUCGACACUGUGACCAGCUCCGCCACGACCCUUAACGUCAUGUUUGCACCGGAGUGCAAGAAGCCACGGAACGAGACAGUGUCAGUGACCCCAAACGAAGAGGUCAAACUCAAUUGCCUGGUCGAAGCCAAUCCGCCUGAUGUCACGUUUGUGUGGAAGAUCAACAGCAGCCGCGGCGUCAAGGAGCUGGACAGCAGCAGCUACAGCAGCCGCAGUCGGUCCUCCACACUCGUGUACCGCCCCAGCACGCAUGCCCACGGCACCGACCACUACGGCGUCGUCUUCUGCCUCGGCAGCAAUAAGGCCGGGAAGCAGAGAUUGCCGUGCAUGUUCGUCAUCAGCCCCGCAGGUCCCCCAGAAAAGCCCAAGUCCUGCACACUGGUCAACCAAAGCCCGACGUCGCUGGUGGUGACGUGCCAGCCCGGCCACGACGGCGGCCUCGACCAGCACUUCAUUGCUACGGUUGAGGACGCAGCAACGCGGAGGGUGGUUGCAAAUGUGACGUCGACGUCGCCUGACCUGACGGUGGAAGGACUGGCUCCGGGCCGCGACUACCUGGUCAAGGUCACGGCCGUCAACCAGAAGGGAAGGUCUUCCCCGUUCACGCUCGAGGGCUUCGCCCUCAAGGUGGCCGAGAAUAAGAUAAAUAAUUCAAGUUCUGGAGAAUCUUCCUCUCUCCUCGUGAUGUUCAUAGCUGUCGUCGUUGGCUUCGUCUUCAUCUUAACGAUACUUGCUCUAGCAACUCGUGCACGUCUGCGUCACCGACGUGGGCAUCCUGAAGUCAAUGUUGACAAAAAUAAACUAAGUACUGGAGAUGAAGCCCCACUCUCGCCCUCGACCAAUGCUUCGCUGGAUGAAAUAGGGGACGGAGAAAUGCUCCACACGCCUGAGUCACACACGGGACCAUUGGAGACGCUGGAGAUCACCGCCCAGACGCCAGAGAGUCCUGUCAGCUGUAGCAGCAGGACUUACGUGCCCGUCCCGACUGGGUCCUCCACGCUCCCGCGGCCGCAGUCGCAGAUGAACCCGCGGCCGCAACCGCUGCACUCGGUGGACCUUCCGCACGUCACCUCCAACAACCAUAAAUACUAUACUCUGAAGAUAAAUUGUACCAGACAAAAUAAUGAAAGUUUUGUUUAAUCCAAAAGUUGUUUAUUAUAUUGUUUAAUAAAGAGAUAAUUGUUCGGGUUGUGAAGUGUUUUUGUAAUAACAGCAGGAAAGGGAGUGGCACAAGACCGCUUGAAUAAAUGACGCAGACAAGUACACACAGAACAAACAUAGAAACUAAAAACUGAAUUGUAGGUAUGUAUAAUGUGCCUAAUAAUGUGGACAAACCACCAAUGAAUUAGAUUUAUUUACACAUGUACACAUAUUGGACAUAUUACACGUGUAAAUGUAUACUGUACGGUCACUUACAUAAACAUUCGAAACACAGAUGUACACAGUCCAAAAAAGACACGAUCUUUGAUACAGGGAACACCUGAUCUGCGUGAUUGUUGUAUGAUUGUAUGUGCGCGAUCGUAGAACAGAUCAAGUGGCUGCGGUCAAAAAACAAUUCAACUGGGCUACUUUACUGUAACUGAUACUUCAUCGCUACGUCCUUGAUGUGUAUGGUGGCGUAACACCAGGUUACAGCUGGUGACUAUAGCGCCGGUAUAUUUGUUGGGUAUAUGAGAAAUCUAUUUUGAAAGUAAGUCGCGUCACAUCUGUUCGGCGCUGCUGUGCGCGGUCUUAAUAAAGUCAGUAACAAUCCGGCUGGUGUCUGUGGUGCUAUUUUCACGUGAAGAAGGAAUGGCGUAGCACUUACCUCGUGUUUGAACUGUGUGUCCCAUAUAUCCAGUGGCUACAAGGUUGCUAUACAUGGUGUGGUAUGAAUCAUGUGCGUUAGGGAGGGGAAACAAAGGCAUGUAUGGUUACAACAAUUGUACGUUUUGUAGUUUGCUCACAAACAGUUUUUGGCCACAUAAUGACUGUGUGAUGUAUCGUGACCAUAAUACAGUUGAUUCCUAAAUUAUUGUUGUGUGUAGGACAGAGUGACUACAACAUGAUAUUGGACCAGCUAAGGCAGAGGCAAGAUGAUGUACCGCGCGCGAACGAAGCAGCUAGUGACUGCAGAACCACUGUGGUGCAAGAGACAGUCUUUUGGGACUACAGCUGUGAAUGUGAUCAACUUGGCCAUGAGUACAGUCGAUGGCCACACGAUUAUGUUCGGUGAAGAUUCUCCAGUAGAUUAGAAAAUCGUUGACAAUCAGGGAUCCCAUGAAGUAUGACGAGAUAUGGCACGACGCGCCUGUCUGAAUCCCUUACCUGACUCUGGUUUUCCGUUCUUGUCUUUCCGUUAUUCUCUUCCUUUCCUUCUCUUCGUUUUGUUAAAAUGUAAAAAUGUUAAUUAACUCUAUCUGAAAAUAUAUUUUUGAA